AUGGAUAAACAUCGGAAACGUAAACAGGAAGAAGAGGAUGAAGAGAUGUCCAAAGUUCUCCAGAAAUUUCAAGAUGAGUUUGGAGAUGAAACGGUACCCAAUCCAACAGGGAAAGCCUUUCUGAGAGGAGACGUCGUAGAAAACAACAAAACGAUUGUUCCGGGAUCGGCAAAGCCUGCAUUAUACAAACCUGAACCAGUUGUUCCUGUCAAGAUAGGAUUGCCCGCAGUAGCCAAGUCAUUUGAGGAUGCCAAAAGACUCGCUGCAGAGAAGGCUCGUCGAAUGUUAGCUGACGCUCACAGAGAGAAAGGUUUACCCGCUCCUGCUGUCGUUCCUCCUAGUACUUCUAAGCCCGUUCAACGACCCCAGCGACCAGGAGCUGAUAAGACCAAAAAAAGUAAAACUAGUAACUUGGAUGACUUCAAAGAAGAAUUGAAACGCGUACAAGAAGAACGAGACAAAAGAAAAGGUUUACGAGACCAUUUACGGAAUGAAAUGGGUGUUGAUACUUCAGCUGUAGACAGGUAA